UCAUAGCAAACUACGUUUUAUUUGUUAAAAUUUGACUAACAUUUUUACUAAAAGACUUGGAGUUAACUACAUUCUUAUAAUUUUCUGAUGGUUUUAAACUAAAUAUUUUUUCUUUCUUUAAUUAAAUAUUGUGCAUAAAACAAUGAAGAUUUACAGGAAACAGUAUCUGUUCUGCUUCUUUGCAAGUCUAGGCCAGAUUUUGUUUGGCUACACAGCAGGAUGGCCAGCGCAGAUAGUUGCAAAGCUCAGAGACCCUGAUCAGUUCCCAGAGGCGCCAAGCGACCUGGAAGUCAACUGGAUGGUGUCUUCCACAGUUCUUGGCGCUGCUGUGGGUGCAAUUGCUUUCAGCAGUAUCUCCAACACAUUGGGUCGCAAGCCGUACUUGAUUGUAGGGGGUCUGGGCUACUCUUUGUCAUAUCUUGGUACUGCUCUCAUAAAGUCCAUAGCAGGGCUAUUGGUUUUUAGAGUGUUCACAGGAGUCUUUAUAGCCAUGCUCUACACCCUCAGUUUUGUUUACAUUGGAGAAAUUGCGUCUACAGAAAUUCGAGGAACGCUGCUAGGAACAGCUGCGGUAUAUGUCAAUAUAGGGUUCCUUUUAGCAUAUACUACUGGAGGGUAUAUGUCGUACCAGGCAGUCAACUACCUGCCCAUGGCUAUAGGAAUAGUUUUCCUUGGAGGCAUUUUAUGCGCCCCGGAAACACCAAUUUACCAUAUUAUACAAGAUCGUGAAAAAGAAGCCAAAGCAGUUCUAAUAUCGUUAAACAGAAAAGAAGAUGCAGAGAAAAUAUCACAGCUAAAAACAGAAGUUCAAGAAAGCAUGACUAAGCAAAAAUGGAAGGCACUCUUCACGGUGAAGUGUAAUAGAAAAGCCUUGAUGAUAACUGUCAUAUUGAACAUGUUGGUGCAAUUUAGCGGGCCCAUCAUCAUGGGGGCGUAUACUACAAUGGUUUUUGAAAUGGCAGGGUCAUCGGUAACCCCAUUCAUCGGCACCAUCAUAAUCGGUGUAGUCCAGGUGUUGUCGGGGAUAAUAACGCCUGUAUUCAUCGAGAGGUGUGGGAGGAGGAUCCUGCUGAUGAUUUCCACAAGUCUUGCUGGAUUGAGCUUAUUGGCCCUCGCUAUCUACCUGUAUCUGUAUGACAUUGGACAUCCAGUAAUAGCUCAAAUACAAUGGAUGCCGUUGGUGGUGUUCAUUAUUUACUGCUUUACGUACACUUUCGGGUUCGGAUCUCUCCCUUCCGCAUUGAUGGGAGAGAUGUUUGAGAUGAACGUGCGGAGCGCAGGAUCUUCCAUCGUGAUGUCCUCCUCUUACUUCGCUGGAGUGAUCACCGUGAUGAGCUUCGGUUACAUCAUCACCAGCGUCGGAAUAUACGUCGCCAUCAUCAUCUUCAGUAUGGUGUGCUUUGUUGCGUUUGUUUUUACGAUAUUCUUCGUCCCUGAGACGAAGGGAAAGAGUUUAAUCGAGGUGCAAAAGAUGUUGGGUAGGUGAUUAAAUAAAAGUGUGUAAAUGUAAGUGUUUAAUAAAGUCAUUGUGCCAUU